GCACUUGGUUCCUCCCCAGGGCGCCGCCGGAUGCUGUCACCUGGCGCCGCCCGGGCCCUGAGAGGGAAACCGUUCGCGGCGCGAGGGAAAGAGCUGGGCGGGACCAUUCCUCUCGGGCGGGGAGGGGAGCGCGCUGGGAAGGGGGCGGCGCCGCGGAGGAGACGGGCAGAAAGCG